AUGGAUCGUAGUUACUGGAUGUAUGGACUUAAACGUUCAUGCGAUGAAUAUUUGGCAUGUCUGAGUGGUUUUCUUAAAGUUGCAGAGGAGAAUCGGGUGAAUAAAGGAGAAAGCUACAUAUGGUGUCCUUGUGUAGAUUGUCAGAAUUGUUGUAUGUACACUGAUUCUGCCAAAAUAGAAGAGCAUUUGAUAGUUCGUGGAUUUAUGAGAGAUUAUACGUGUUGGUCACGACAUGGUGAGAUAUUGGUUGAUCAUAAUGCAACUGCUUUAGAGUAUAAUGAUGAUAUUGUUGAUACAGACGAUAACAACUAUGAUAACUUAUCUGGAAUGUUACAUGAUUGUGAAGACAAUGUUGCUGAAGAUGAUUAUGAAAAAUUUCAACAAUUAUUUGAUGAAUCAGAGAAACCGUUGUAUACUGGGUGUACAAAAUUUACCAAACUAUCAGCUGUGUUGAAAUUGAUUAACUUAAAAGCAAACAACGGUUGGAGUGAUACAAGCUUCACAAGUCUUCUAAAGAUUUUGCAUGAGAUGCUUCCGGAUGAUAACGAGCUACCUGUGUCCACAUACCAAGCAAAAAAAUUGAUGUGUCCGAUGGGAAUGGAAAUUGAAAGAAUACAUGCUUGCCCAAAUGAUUGUAUGUUGUAUCGAAACGACUAUGCAGAUCUACAUAGUUGUAUUACAUGUGGUACAUCACGAUACAAAAGGAAAAAUCCUACAGAAGAAAACAAUAUUAUGAGAAUGAGUGGACCGCCUGCUAAAGUCUUAUGGUACUUGCCUAUCAUUCCAAGAUUAAAACGGUUAUUUGCAAACGCUAAAGAUGCAAAGUUGAUGCGAUGGCAUGCCGAGGAGCGUACAAUAGACGACAAAAUAAGGCAUGUUGCAGAUUCUCCUCAAUGGAGAAAUAUCAAUUCUAAGUUUGAAGAAUUUGGUCAGGAUAUUAGAAACAUUAGAUUUGGACUUAGUUCUGACGGCAUCAAUCCAUUUGGAAGCUUGAGCAGCCGCCAUAGUACAUGGCCAGUUCUUCUUUGCAUCUACAAUCUUCCGCCUUGGUUAUGUAUGAAAAGAAGAUACAUCAUGAUGUCACUGCUAAUUCAAGGUCCAAAGCAACCGGGAAAUGACAUUGAUGUUUAUUUAUCUCCAUUAAUCGAGGACAUGAAAAAGUUGUGGAGUCCAGGUGUCGAAGUGUAUGAUGCAUACAGUGCGGAAAAUUUCCAACUUCGGGCCAUGAUUUAUUGCACCAUAAGUGAUUUCCCAGCAUAUGGGAAUUUAUCUGGAUACAGUACAAAGGGAUCAAAGGCAUGUCCAGUAUGUGAAGAUGACACACAGUCGUUAUGGUUGAAAAAUUGCAAGAAAAAUGUAUACAUGGAUCAUCGAAGAUAUCUUCCAAAAAACCAUCCGUAUCGUAAGAAAAAAAAAGUGUUUAAUGGUAAAACCGAGAGCACGAUAGCAAGGCCACCAUUACGAGGAGAAAUUGUAUUUUCCCGUGUUGAAAAUCUAAACAUUACAUUCGGAAAAACCAAAGGUAAAGGGAAACGAAAACAUAAACGUAAUGGUAAAGAUAAAGGUACAACUCCUCUAGAAAAUAAUAUUUGGAAGAAAAGAUCUAUAUUUUGGGAUUUACCAUAUUGGAAGCACUUGCAGGUUCGACAUUGUCUUGACAUUAUGCAUAUCGAAAAAAAUGUUUGUGAAAGCUUGAUAGCCUUAUUGUUAAACAUCAAGGGAAAAACAAAAGAUGGGGUUAAUGUUCGAGAUGACAUGGUUGAAAUGGGGAUUCGACCCGAGCUUGCUCCUAUUAAGAAUAUUGGAAAGCGCACGUAUCUUCCAGUAGCUUGUUAUACCAUGUCAAAGGCUGAGAAAACAAAUUUUUGCAAGUGCUUGCAUGGUGUGAAGGUUCCAUCCGGCUAUUCUGCUAACAUUAAGAAGUUAGUGUCGAUGAGUGAACUAAAACUUCUUGGUAUGAAGUCGCAUGAUUGUCAUGUUUUGAUGGCCCACAUGAUUCCUAUUGCAAUUCGUGGAAUAUUACCAGAUCGCCUUCGACACACAAUCACAAAGUUAUGUUUGUUUUUUAACAUGAUUCAUUCAAAAGUUAUUGAUCCUGAAGUGUUAGAUUCAUGGCAAAGUGAUAUCAUCUUGACGUUAUGCCAGCUUGAGAUGUAUUUCCCACCUUCAUUUUUCGAUAUCAUGGUUCAUCUAAUAUCUCAUAUUGUUAGAGAGAUAAAGUAUUGUGGGCCGGUAUACCUACGAUACAUGUAUCCAUUUGAGAGAUAUAUGGGUGUCUUAAAAAGGUAUGUAAGGAAUAAAUUUCGACCAGAGGGUAGUAUUGUUGAAGGAUACGCUACAGAGGAGGUAAUUGAAUAUUGUACUGACUAUUUACAAGGUGUUACAAGUAUUGGCAUACCGAAAUCUCGACACGAGGGUAGACUUGUAGGAUAUGGGACAAUUGGAUUGAAACGGGUAACUCCAAAGAAAGAAGACUUGCAUCUGGCACAUUUUACAGUCCUACAACAUAUGACGAUCAUUGCUCCAUACGUGAACGAGCACAAAAGAUAUAUAGAAAUGUCGAAUGGUGGUAAGAGCAAAAGAUGGUUGAUUACAGAACAUAACAAAACAUUCUCACAAUGGUUAAAAGACAAAGUGAAAGCAAGUUAUGGCGUGAACAAUGUUGAUCAAGCUGUGGCACAUCUAGCAAAUGGUCCCGAACAUGUUGUGGCAACGUACCAAGGGUACGACAUUAAUGGUUAUACAUUCUACACUAAUCAACAAGAUAAAAAAAGUACGCUUCAAAAUAGUGGAGUAACGUUAAUAGCCUCAACAGAAUUAUAUGGAGAUAAUCAUGAUGCAAGGUCAAGGAUAGCUAAAGAUUCAUAUUAUGGUGUCAUUCACGAAAUAUGGGAAUUAAAAUAUGAUACCAUCAUUAUACCUAUGCUCAAGUGCAAAUGGGUUGACAACCAACGAGGUGUUAAAGUUGACAAUGAUGGGUUUACAAUUGUUGACCUUUCCACAAACGGUUAUGUAUCAGAACCAUUCAUUCUAGCUAAACAAGCUAGCCAGAUAUUCUAUGUAGAGGACCCAAAAGACUCUAAAAAGCACAUCGUCAUGCAUGGAAAACGGCAUAUACUUGGUGUUGAUGAUGUUGUGGACGAGGAAGAGUACGAUCAGUUUGACGAGCUACCCCCAUUCUCUAUCGGCAUUCCAUCUUCAAAUGAUGAGGUUGACGACACUACUUACUUAAGGUCAGAUCACAAUGAAGGAUUAUGGGUGUCAUAA